GGUGCGCUGUGUCCCUCCGACACAGUGGAUCACCUAUCACGGAAAGAGCUGAAGAUGUUGGCUCGGUCAUGUGAUCAGCUGUGUCCAAUCACAGCUGAUCACAUCAGUGCCACCUGUCAGUGUCCAUCAGUGCCUUAUAUCAGUGCUCAUCAGUGCCUUGUGCCAGUGUUCAUCAGUACCACAUCAAUGCCACAUCUCAGUGCCUACCAGUGCACAUCAAUGCCACAUAUCAGUGCCCAUCUGAGCUGCCAGUCAGUGUCACCCAUCAGUGCCAGUCAGUACCACUUAUCAAUGCCAAUCAGUGCCACCUAUCAGUGCCAGUCAGUGCUGCUUAUCAGUGCUGCCUGUCAGUGCCGCCUAACAGUGCCAGUCAGUGCUGCCUAUCAGUGCCAUGUAUCAGUGCUGCCUUUCAGUGCCCAUCAGUGAUGCCUGUCAAUGCCCAUCAGUGCCACCUACCAGUGCCUCCUC